GCUACGAUGUCUACGAGUACAGUCGCAAAGGCGAUUUGGAGAGCCUGCGCGAGGCUCUAGAUGGCGGCAGCAAGCCGGAUGAGUACAUGGCCUACGAUGGAUCGACAGCGUUGGUGAUGGCUGCAAGAAGCGGGCACAGCCAUAUCGUCAAGGAGCUGCUAGCACGAGGUGGUGAUCCGCAGGUGCGAACAGAGGAUGGUUCCACUUUGCUGCACCACGCUGCCAGCGGGAAUAGUCCAGAGGCAAUCCAUCUUCUUAUUGAGAAGCGGAUUGACCCAAAUGCUCUGAACGAAGAUGGUGUGGCUCCACUCAUCCUGGCAGCUCACUACGGCCAUCUAUCUUGCGUCAGUGCUCUCUGCAAUGGUGGCGCAGAUGUCAACUUGUCAGCAGAGGGCUGGGGCACGCCCCUAGACGGUGCAGAUGGGGAAGUUGCAAAGUUCUUGGAGAGCAAGGGUGCCAAGCGCUCGGCUGGAGGUGUUGACCAACCACUGGCGGCGGCUCAUGAGCGUUUCUCCUAUGGUUGCUUCGAGACGGGUGAGAACCCCCAUGCUACCCCUGUACUCGCUCCCGGUGGUAAAAGUGAAGCCAAAGGCAGGAAACCCAAGGUCGGAGAUUGCGUCCGCCUUGGGUUUGCAAAGCCGUCCGGCUUGCUGAAGGAAGGAGAUGUAGGAGUAGUCGUGGCUGAUGAUGGCUCGGAUUGUGUGCCGCUCAAGGUCAGUUUUGGAGAGCGAUACGAUUACUACGAAUACGCUGAUCUGGUUGUGUGUGAGCCGGCGGAAGAGCUUCCGCCCGACUCAGCUCACGCGACAGCUGAUGGGACGAAGAGAUUCCUUGUACGAAAAAAGCUGGAAAUGAGUAAUGUGCGAGCGCUGGGGCUCACCGGCCUCCACAUCUCUCCCGUUGGCUUUGGCUGCCACCGACUUGAGGAUGUAGAUGCUCACAAGGCAGCAUUGGAGCUGGCAGUCUCUCUCGGAUGCAACUUUGUGGAUCUGGCUCCCAACUAUACCGACGGUGUUGCUGAAGAGGUGGCCGGCGAGAUUUUGCAGAAAAUGCUGCAAAGCCGCAAGGUGCGCCGUGAUGAGAUCAUUGUGGCGACAAAGGUUGGCAACGUUUUGGGCAAGCAGCUGGCCUUUGCCGAAGGAGUUCCCAACAUGACGAAGAUCAACGACAGUCUUUUCCACUGCAUUUCCCCUGCUUGGAUAGAACAGGAGUUGACUCGAAGCUUGAAUCGCUUGCAGCUCUCCUGUAUAGACUGCUUGCUCCUUCACUGCCCGGAGUACGAGACGAAAGCAGCUGGCGUCAGUAUGGCGGAUGUCUACAACAGGAUGCGGGCGGCCUUCGAGUACCUGGAAACAGAAGUUGCGCGAGGGCGCAUCGUUUGCUACGGUGUUUCCGCCGCCUUCAUGCCGUUAAGACCCACAGAUGCAGAACAUCUGGACUUGUCCAAGGUGAUGCUGCAGCUUCCAGCCAAUCACCAUUUCCGUGUCCUUCAGUUCCCCUUGAACUUUGCAGAGGCAGAGGCCAUGUGGGUAGGCCACGUACCCCGCAAUCCCGAUGGAUCAGCGGUGAAUUCAAACUCAGCGGUUGAAGCGCCUAAUCUCUUCGAGGCGGCGAAGUCACAUGGCCUGGCCACGUUGAUCAACCGUCCUUUGGACGGCAUCUACAAGGAAGCUCACGGAGUUCUGCGUUUCUCGUCUCUGGACUGCGACGUCCGGUCAUACUCGGAGCUGCAGCUUGACAACUGCGAUGCCCUGGAGCAGAAGAUAACCACCAUGUGCAAACUUAGCGAGCCGCCUUUCAAUGCGGACGAUGGUGCUGCAGGACAGCUUGCCGCAAAAACUGUGAAGGUCCUUGCCGGUUUGCAAAGCGUCGAUUGUGUGCUCCUUGGCAUGCGACAACCGGAAUAUGUCGUGGGCACUCUACCGCUCCUCUUCGGAACGCCCUCUGUCAGCCCACAG